CAUAGUGCGCAUGAUAUGGGAUCUCUACGGUCAGGCAGAAGUAGACCUGUUUGCCACAGAAGAGUCGACUCAUUGCCCUCUGUGAUAUUCCCUUACGGGGGCAUCAGGCGCACUGGGCCAGGACGCCUUGGCACAUCCCUGGCCAAGAGUCCUUCUAUAUGCCUUUCCACCCCUUUCUCUGAUUUGGCCAACCCUUCAGAGAGUUCUCGAAAAGGGCCACAGAGUGCUGCUGAUAGCUCCAUAUUGGCCAGCACGACCAUGGUUCCCACUUCAACGGAGUCUGUGUCAAGACGYCCCAUGGUGUCUUCCAACCAGGAGGGGCCUAUUGUCUCAGUUGGGGGGACUGAUCUGGCACCCCAAUCCUCAACGCCUCAGGCUGUGGGUGUGGCCACUGGGAGGCUUGAGCAGCAGCUGACUGGAUAUUCRGACUCUGUCAGGUACACUAUUUUAAGUGCUAGGGCACAUUCUACUCAUCAGCAAUAUGAAAACAGGUGGCGUUUGUUUUCUCAGUGGUGUGCUGACCGSGAUGAGGAUCCAGUCUCCUGUGUGGUGCCCACUAUCCUGGAGUUUCUUCAAUCUCUCCUCAAUAAAGGCCGCUCUCCAUCAACACUUAAGGAGGCUACGGAUUAUUUGCAUGUGUGCGUGCGUCUGGUUUGGAUCGUCUGUGAUGCUACGAGAUACGAAGCAGCAGGUGUGUUCCUGUCUUCCCUCAGAGGUCAUUAUCGCUCCUCGCUGGCUGCGGUCGGCUCAGUGAAUCACUCUGAAGUUUAUGAGCGGGACGCCAUCAGGGCUUUGAUUCUGUAA